GAGAAUAAGAGGUGCGUCUCGGUUGUGUGUAAAUUGUGUGAGAAUCAGUACAAAUACUUCGGUAAUACAACAAAUCUCAGAGUACAUUUGACUAAUAAACAUCCAAUACAGUGGGAAUUAACACAAAAUGGGACAUUGGACGAAUCAAAUUUUCGUUUUGAAGACGGUGAUUCAAUUCAAUCUUCUUCAACGCCGCAGAAAAGAAAAUACACACCCCGAGGAAGCAAAAAUGUACGUUAUUCAGUAUCAAUUGAUAAUAACGAAGAAUCAACAGGAACAAUGCCUACGAUAGACAUUCAGCGGGUACCUAAAAUAUUAUGUUAUGCUACUAUUUCCCAAACAAUUGGUUAUUUUGGUAACCUUAUCAGCUUAUCACGACCCAUCGAUCGAUUUAUUUUAUCGAUUCGAAGGUCUGUUCCGAAUACGUCACAAGUUGAUAAAACCAUUUAUUUUGAAUAAUAUAAAAUCGAUUAGCUGCAAAAAAUCGUUCAAAAUAUCUAAGUUAAUGUUGAGGUUAUUAUUUGUGAACAAAUUUUGAGUGUUGCUGUUUUUACGGUGAAUUGGAAACUCAUUGUUCACACGUGGACUAUAUACAUUGAGUAAAAUUGUCAAAGACUAAGAAAUAUCAUACUCUAAAUAAUAAACCUAGUGAAUUUUAAUGAUUACCCAUAUGCACUAAGUUCCAUAAAUAGUUCUAUUUUGUUACAUUUAUAAAGUUUUGCCUGUAUUGAUUUAUCAUGUUACUAGAAACAUAUUAAAGUGGCAUUUAUGAAGGUGAAUGUGCUAGAGAACUCCGACCUGGAGGAGGAAGACAAUGAUGCUACAAUAAAUCUGGUGAAACAGAUGCACGGUAGCCAACAAUCUGAUGAAGACUGGCUCGUUGAUGAUCCAUACGAAAUCACACACAUUGAAACAUACGAACCGAAACCGAAACGCAAGAAAAUGAAAUACAGACCGAUCAAAAGAGAAGUGCAAUCACCAACUGGUUUGCCAGGAUUCUACGUAGCACCAAAGUCAGAGCGGAAAAUAAUUUAUGAAGAAUCUAAACGUCAGGAUGAAUAUACAGUCUUUGGGGAGUACAUCGCGAACAAACUAAGGAAGUUUAAAAUGCCAAAAACACGAGGGAAUCUUCAGCAGUUAAUCACAACUAUAUUAUGGCAAGCAGAGUAUGGAAUGUACGACAGUGCAGAUUCAGUUAAACGAGUUUUAAUGCAUUCUGUUCAAACAAAUACAUCGGAGAGCUGUACAGUGGAGUUUGUUGCCCAAGACUCGAUUAACGAACAAGUACUGCAUGACAGUAACGAAAAUCAAUGUUUAGAGAGUGAGACUUUAGAAGCGGAAACCGAAUAGUAUUGCUUUACACGUUGGACUAUAAUUUCUGGAAUGAGUAUUGCCAUUGUUAGAAUUCGCUGUUUGAAGACAUUUUUAAAUUUAUUAAUUAAUAAAGAGCUUGUAAAUAGA